AUGACACUCAACCAAUAUCCAAACCAACAGGAGAAAAGGAAAAAAGGGGUUGAGGUAACUAUGUCUCUACAACAGAUACCAAGACCACCUUUGCCGUUCCCUCCAAGACUUAAAAAGAAAGCCGAAGAUGGGAAAUUUGCUAAGUUCAUCACCAUGUUGAGACAACUAUCAAUGAACAUCCCAUUGGUGGAAGCCCUAGAGCAGAUGCCAGGAUAUGUUAAGUUCAUGAAGGACUUGGUUAUGAAGAAAAGAGCUGUAAGUAUUGAUUUUACUGAUAAUGUUCAUCACUGUAGUGCUAGUGCUAUCAGAUUAUUGGUACAGAAGAAGAAGGAUUCGGGUGCAUUCACCACACCGUGUACCAUCGGAUCAAUCAAAUUUUCAAAGGCCUUGUGUGACUUAGGGGCCAAUAUCAACUUGAUGCCACUGGCAAUCUACAAGCAACUAGGGUUAGGAAUUCCAAAAUCCACAUCAAUGAGGUUAAUGAUGGCAGAUAGGUCGGUGAAGCGACUUGUGGGAAGACCAUUUCUUGCCAUAGGGCAAACAUUAGUAGAUGUUGAGAUUAGAGAGCUAAAAUUCAGACUCAACAAGGAAGAGGUAAACUUUAAAAUUUGUAGGUCAAUGAAACAGCCGCAUGACAUGAAUAUGGUGUCUCCGAUAGAGGCCUUUGAUGAAGAAGAGAUGGGAGCGACCAUUGAGGAGAGGCUGGCUGUUGAAACAUUAGUAGCCGUGUUGAUGAAUUUUGAAGUGGAUUUUCGGACUGACUAUGUGGAAAUCGUAAAUGCUUUAUAG